CUCGUGUGACCAGUCUCCCUGCCAAAGCUCUGUAGUCGCGUUGUCCCGCACAAUACGAGCAAACGGUUGUCGUUUUCAGCACGGGACAGAUCCUACACCCUCUUACUGCAAUAUGGCGACAGAGUUCCAUAACCUUCAGGAGCUGAGGCACAGUGCAUCGCUGGUAACAAAGGUGUUUAUACAGAGAGACUACAGCGAAGGAACCGUUUGCCGCUUCCAGACCAAGUUCCCCUCAGAGCUUGACAACAGGAUUGAGCGAACCUUGCUUGAGGAGACAGUGAAGACCCUGAACUCUUACUAUGUGGAGGCCGAAAAAAUUGGAGGUCAGUCGUACCUGGAAGGAUGUCUGGCUUGUGCAACAGCUUACAUCAUCUUCCUCUGCAUGGAGACACGCUAUGAGAAGGUGUUGAGGAAGAUAUCAGGCUACAUCCAGGAGCAGAAUGAGAAGAUCUAUGCUCCUAGAGGUCUGCUGCUCACAGACCCCAUAGAGAGAGGAAUGAGGGUUCUAGAGAUCAGUGUCUUUGAAGACCGGGGCUCGGGCAGCUCCAGUCCCAGCAGCAGCAUGUCAUCAGCAGGCAGCAGCGCCCGGUGACUGGAGGGGCAGCGCCAGGCGUACGGGUACCACCACAGGGGCAGCGGGACGCUUACCAACAUCCGCAUGCUGAAACAUGAGAGCACCAGGUUCUAAGACAAGCAGAGAGAAAAAGACAAGGAGGUGAUCCACAGCAUUCACACUCUCCCUGCAGGGGCCUACGAUGUACCACCUCGAGAACAGGGGCUGGCUUACACAAACACACUGGAUAUGCAACAGAACCAACACAAGUGCAGCAGAACCCACACAUAGGUGGUAGAAACAUGUACAAGCCAACACCCAGAGUGUCUGUGAGGGAAUAGCCUUCACUCUCCAACAGCUAUCCGAACCAAAAUAAUCAUGAUUUCUUUUGUUCCAGUUUUUCCGUUCACCGUUUCUUUCAUUCCAUCACGUCUGUUUCCAUGAGUCACACCAUCUCUGUGGUAUAGCUGAUUCAGCAGGCUUACCCUUGAUUAGACUGGACGUCAAUGCUUGAUUGUUUUCUGGGGGGUCACUGUCACUGUGUCUGUCUGCUGACACAUUUGUAGUGUAGUCUUAGGUCUGUACAGCAGCUCUGAAAUCUGGAUGGAGGAAAACUACCAGCCUCCUGGGAGACCCAGUGUUCUCCAGUCUCCCUGAAUGAUUGCAUUCAUGUCGGGUGGUUGGGGUCAAGCCACUUUGAAUGCUGGCAAAUUGGGCCUGCUGUGGGACCGCUCGGUUCUAUGCUCUGUUCACAUGCAUUUGGCUUCAAUAUCAAACAGCUAACAGAGAGCACCUUGGAUUAUUUAUCCUCCUCAUUCACAACAGUGGAUACUCGUGAUCCACAUCACAGCUGUAGGUCACACUCCUACACACAUGUACACACUCUCUCCUACACGUAUGCACACGCUUACAAAUGCACACAACGUGCUCAAGUCCAAGUACUCAUACACACACAUAUAAGCGAGGGGACAUGCACACACAUAUACACACCUGUGGCUAGUUGUCAUGCAUUUCUACACACACACACACACACACACACACACAGACAGACACAUGCACACACAGAUUCUGGCAGAUGUGGAGUCAACCUAGCCAGACAAUAUUCUCUGUGGUCCCAGCUCAUUGGGAAUGCAAGCAAACCCAGGCCCUGUAAGACCUCACUAGUCUUCCUGGUAGUGUGUACAUGUAUCCUGUGUGUUGUAGGUGUAUGCGUGUCUGUGAGUCCCAGCCUUACCUAGUGUGAGAUGAAAGCUUGCUGAUCAUUGAGGAGACGUCAAAGAGCAAGGAUCAGUGCGAUAAAUGACAAUGCGACACACUCUGAUACAUUUAGUUCUGAGGAAAUGUGACACAGUGUAGGCUGUUAUCUCUACAGCUCUAUGGGUGUUAAUGACAGAUGGAUGUUUGCAUGUUAGCUCAUGUAUAGAUCUGUGUAGGAGAAUUAGCCCACACAGUUUGCAUUUGAUACCUGAACCUUUAUUAGUCUGUCUAUAUGGGUCUCAUGUAGAUGCAUUUAAUUAAUUAUGCAGAAUCGAAACAGCAAUCAUACACACACCAACAUUAAGAAAAUAAUUAAUUUCAGAUUGUAAAUUUGUCUGUCAUCAAAGUCUUUAAAUUCAUUCUUGUCAUCUGUCAUUUUAUACCUCUGUAUUAUCAGAGAGACAGGGAUCAAUUUGUAUGUAAUUUGUAAAUGAAACACAGUUGUAGCUCCCUCUAGGGUCAGAUUGUGGAACUUCAGAACCUCUUAUAGAAAAAUCACCCAAAGUUGGUAUUGUUCAAACCAUUUCUAGCUCCUUAAUGAAACCUAAUAUUCAUCUAACACUUCUACUGCACUGCUCUGCAGGUAGAAGUGUUUGUACAGUAUCUUCAGUACACACAAGAUGCUGAAACCUGAGGAGCAGAAAUUCUGUCUGUCUUAGUGGGAAAUAGUGCAUCUUGUCUGACUGAUGUAUAUGUGUGCGUGGAGGCUGAUGAGACAAAAGAUUAUCAUUAUGUAGGAAAAAUGCUGAUGCGAGUAGACAGCACACCCACACAGUGUCUAACAAAAGACAAGACUUCCUCAAAAAAACUAAACCAUGUUUCAGUGUGUGCAUAUUUUAUUUCUGUUUCCACAGUUUCUGUUUUCUUCCUUCUUUCCUUCUUUCAGUUUUGUUUUCUUUAAAUUUACUUCAUAUCAUGCAUCUUAAUUAACUCUGGGAGUGUAACCCUUUGCCUCUUCUUUAGCCACAUAGUUAACUAUGAGCAAAACCCUCGGCAGAGCCCCUGCUUUCCACCCAGCCCUACUUAUACAAAAGCAGUGGCAAGUUGAAAUUAAACUAUUCAUUGGAAAGUCACUGAAGAACUGAACAUGUUUUGCUUCAGUCCAGUGUGAUAGUUUAGUUUCAUCCCAACAUUUUACUACUUGGUCGAGGGAGAUGAACCUAUGCCAGACAUUUUACCACAGCAGUUGAGUUCAGUUGUGCUUGUGUUCAGCCUCCUGUGCUUUUCGAUGCCUUCAUGUUUCAUCCCAGUGGAAUGGAUACCCAACCUGGGGCUGAUGGACUGACCAAUUUAAAAAUGACUCAACACUGCCAAUAAGCGAAUAAAGGAGCUCAUUGGACAAUGUACAAAGAAAAAAAACAAUGAGUGUAUAUGCACUGUACAGGGGAAGAGCUACACUGUACAUGCUUGUCAAUAAUUAUCCACACUGGCUUUGUGAAGUGUUAAGAAGUGGAUGGAAAUGCCAUAUUGCUAUUUAAUUCCAAAAACAUCACUGUUGCCCAGUAUUAGUCCCUAAAAUAUUUUUUAUGUUUUGAUAUUCUCUUGAAUUUGGGCAUCAAAUCACAGAGCAGCUAUGGAAGCAUAUCGUCUGUACAGCUGUGAGCUGCUGUGUAGUAUCUUCUGUAGUAUCUUCUUUUUUUUGUCCAAAACUGUUGUAGUGUUGCUAAUGUAGCUCAUGGUAUUGUUUAUAAUAAUGACAAUAUCUCUUAUUAUUGUGGAGGUAAACAAAGGGGUGAUGAUGAUGAUCCUCAGGGGAAAGUCUAUGUGUGUAAUGUGCCAAAUUCUGAAGACUGAAGUUAAAGGGUAGAUUCACAUUUUUAGCCCAGCUCCAGUAAUAUUGGUCUGGCAGUUUGUCUGCCACUUCCAGACUGAAAUAUCUCAACAACCUUUAGAUGGAUUGACAUUGGAUUUGGUACAGAUUUUCACGGUGACCAGAGGAUGAUUUUAGUGAUCCUGUGACUUUUCCUCUUGUGCCACCAUGAGCUUGACAUUUGUGGUUUUGAAUGAAAUGUCUCAAGAACCACUGGAUGGACUGCCAUAAAAAUUGGUUUAGACAUUCAUGACUUGUACAUAAUAACUCAUCUAGUGCCAUCAUCGUGUCAAAACUUUAAUUUCUCCAGAGCUUGGGUUAAUGACCAAAUAUCUGCACAAUUAAUGACAUUCCCAUCAAAUGUACCUUGUAUUCACUGCUAAAUAGUGAAUGUUAAAACAUGCUAACAUGCAAAACUAAGAUGAUGAACAUUUUAUCUACUAAACAUUAGCAUGUUAGCAUUGUCACUGUGAAAAUGUUGGCAGGCAAACAUAAGUAUUUAGUCAUGUUUUAAUUAUGUCUCAAAACAACACCCCCAUGCUAUAUGUACAUUGGAAGAUUACAGGAAGCAACAUUCACAUAAAUAAUAACUCUUUCAGUGACUCUUAAUAAAGAUAUGAGCUUGUGAAUGUUGCAUUCAAAAAUUUGAACCUAUCCUUUAAGACUGAUGUGACAAGAAGCACUGUGUACCAUAUUGUGAGGCGUUAUGUAACUUGUUCUUUCAGGAAGGACUUAUUUGAUUAAUGAAGGGAACCAAGGGAGUGAAGAUUAUGUUAUGGUAUCAAAUAUAUUCUCGUGAAAAGAUGUGUAUUUAGAUACAAGUACACUAUCACAGAACAGAUUAAACUUUGGGUCCUUGAACCUCUAUCAUACUGACUAUCAAGAUAACCGCUGUGCCAAAACAUGUCUUUGGAAAAAAAGCAGAGAUGUAAAACGUGUGGUCCAACUGAUGAUGUAUAGUCCAUGUCAGUAUGUAAAUUCUCACAUGCCAUAUAUUUAUCUUGUACUGUAUUUUAGAGUGCAGCAAGUCUAUUCAAACGUGUAGAGUCACCAGUAAGCCCAGAGAGUAUAUGUAUGUUAUACUGUUAGAAGUGAGAAGUUAUUCGUAUUGCAAUAUGAUGUCUUCCUAAGAAUAUAAAAGAUGAUGUAUAGUCUUGGUACCAGCCUGUUUGAGUUGUUUUGAGUUGAGUUUUGCCUCAGGAGGACUAAAACUGCAUUGAUGUUUAAUGCUGCAUGAUGUGAGUGUAAACAAAGCAUCUACCAGAUGAUAGAAAGUGAAAUCCCUGAUCAACAAAGUCCCUCAGUUGUGCUGCUGAGAGAGAGGAAUUUAUCUUAUCUUGAUGCUAUUUAUGUGUUUACAUCAGAUUAUUUACAUAUUAACUGAAAUGGAUUCAUGUGUUGUUUUUUCACAAAGCUGAUUAUUAUUCAAAGCAUGGGAAGAAGAGUUUCCAGGGGGUGAAUAAACUGUCUGAUGAAGUUGA